AAUAGAGAAACGUGUUUCUCUACGUGUAAUCGUCAUUUCCGGUAGCGUAAAUGGCCGCUUCCUACUAUCGAAAAACUGUGAACUUGCUACAAACUCUCGGAAAGACAUGAACGUGUGCAUUAGUUUUUCAUUUUUUGUCAUGGAAUUUUGAAGACACAUCAUUUGGAAUAGAGAGGGUGCUGGAAGAUCUUUGAUAAUGGCUGAGGCAAAACAAGGAACGGAAAAGAAGAUAGUAAAGAAGACACCUCAUGAUUUUAUCUUUGGAAAAUUCCUUGGAGAAGGCUCAUUUUCAACAGUUACAUUGGCUAAAGAAGUGAGCACAGGCAAAGAAUUUGCAAUAAAAGUCUGUAACAAGCAGCACCUCAUCAGGGAAAGGAAGAGUGAAUAUGCCAUGCGAGAGAAAGCUGUCCUUACCAUGGUUAAUCAUCCAUUCAUCAUAAAGCUCUUCUACACAUUCCAGGAUGUUGAACGUUUAUAUUUUGUUUUAGAGUAUACCAGCAAAAAAGACUUGUCUCAUUAUUUAAAGAAACUGUCAUCCUUUGAUCUUCCUUGUUCCCGUUUCUACGCAGCAGAAAUAGUAGAGGCAUUGGAUUACUUACAAAAUGUUGGCAUUAUCCACAGGGAUCUGAAACCUGAAAACAUUCUUUUGAGAGAAAGUAUGCACAUCAUGAUAACUGAUUUUGGGUCUGCCAAAAUCCUCAAGAAUGAUGUUGUUGAUGGAGAAGGCGGAGAAAAUCCCAAGGGGAAUGGAGAUGGUGGAAGACGAAAAUCAUUUGUUGGAACAGCACAGUAUGUAACACCUGAAGUCCUUGCGAGCAAUAAAGUCUAUUUUAGCUCUGAUCUUUGGGCCUUAGGAUGCAUCAUUUAUGAGUUCUUGGCAGGAAAACCACCCUUUUAUGAAAAAAGCGAAUACAAGACAUUUAAAAGAAUCUGCAGCCUUCAGUAUGAUAUACCAGCUUGUCUCAACACAACAGCACAAGAUCUUGUCUCAAAACUAUUGGUUCUGGAGCCUGAGGAACGUUUAGGCUCUAAAGACAUGGGAGAAUUACGGGCUCAUCCAUUUUUUGAGGGCAUUGUGUGGGAGGGUCUUCCUGAGCAGCAAGCACCCCAGUUGCUGCCUUAUCUUCCAGCCACUGAAACGAACCCAGAGAUGUGGAGCAGUCAAUCCAGAACAGGCCUUGAUGAUCAGCGUUUGGCAGAGAUAAUUAUUGGCAAUGAUAACAUACAUGAAAAAGUAAUCCCACAAGAACAAAAUGAUGAGGUGAAUAAUGAAGAUCAUCAAAGGCGGUUGCAAGAGCAGGCAGUCAACAAUGAGUUCCAUGAAUUUGUGCAGGGCAACCUCAUUAUCAAGCAAGGCAAAGUGUUGAAGAGAAGAGGUUUGUUUGCUCGAAAAAGAAUGCUGUUGCUGACAGAGGGGCCACACCUGUAUUAUGUGGACUACGCCAAUAAAGUGCUUAAAGGAGAAAUUCCUUGGUCAAGUGAUCUUCGACCAGAGGCACAGAACUUCAGAAUUUUCUUUGUACACACACCCAACAGAACAUACUACUUGGAGAGUCGCGAGUCUGAUGCACAUGACUGGGUUAAAAAAAUAAAUGAGGUGUGGCAACAUUACUUUGGCAACAGUCAGUAAUGGUUCUGGCUUGUCUUCCUCUUCUCUACCGUCCAUGCAUAUUUGUGGUCUGAGGAGAAAAAGACAGUGAAAACCACUAAUCCUUCAUUACAGUGUCACUUUAGACUGUUACCAUGUUCUUUAAGCGUAUGUGUCUGCAUGUGUGCAUGCCUGUAUGGGUGCAGGUGUUCACAUUUAUGCCUACAUGUGUAAUUGCAAAGGUGAUCAAGUGAAUAAUUAAUGCCCAGAUAACCACAGGGCAUACAAAAGUAGAAAUAUUUAUACUACACUGUUUUUUCCCUUUUGAUUUGGUACUUUAAGUAUCGUUUGUAAAUGCAUGAAGUAUUUGCAAAUCUAGAUGCAUGAGAUGUUUAUUUGGAAGUUCUGUACAGGUUUAUACUGUUUAAAAUAUUGGAAAGUUUAGCUGUUUCUGUAUAUUUAUAGACAAGCUCAUUAAGGCUCAGAAGUUAUUCUAUCUCUAUGUUUGUUUCUUGUUUACCAGUUGCAUGUCCCUCAAACUGUGAUCAUCUUUAUGGAUAAUAAACAGUAGAACAAGGAUGUUUGGACACAAUGGGCGUUAAAACCCUUGUUUGUGUGUUUGUAUGCAAUUGUUUAAUUAUGGCUAUCUUGUGCUGCCUUUUUUGCUGCUCAUUUUUCUAUCUCCGUUUUUGAACACUUCCAUUUGAGAAGUAAACAUUAGUGUUUAAGAAAAAUCGUCAUGUUUUAUUUUCAAAGUUCUUUAUAAAUGUCUGCACUACAAUAUUGCAGGUGAAAAGUGAAUUAUAUGGUGAAUUAGAAAUUAUUACUCCAUAAAUUGCAUUGUAGACCAUACAAGCAUGUCUUAACUUUGUUUUGAUAAAGGAGGAUGAGUAUUUGGUCAUGCUUUAAGCCUUCUUUUUCCACACUGUGCUGCUUAUUAUUAAGGUUCUGCACUGUUUAAGGCAUUAUAAAUGCAUGUACAUUUAAAGGGAUCAACAGGUACCACUUGAAAACAAUAGGUACUCUCACCACAUUGGAUAGCUAAAAAGCCUUAAAUCAGUGUCCCUACCACCAGAGUUCUUCAAGGAGAACUGGUUUGAUAAAGCAAAAAAUGUUUUAUGGAUGCUACACAAUAAAAGUACUACUUUACGCCUCAUUCUCUCCCAGCCUGAAAAUUCCUUCAACAUGAGUAUGCUGAGUAUUAUAUUUCUCCCCUAACCCCCUUUUUGCAAUUUAUGUUGCAGUAAUAAUGCUAUUUUUUAGUUUUACAUCACCUUGAUGGGGAAGAGAUGCAGUUGAUAAUGCUCUGUUCUUAAGAUUUUGGGGAGCUAAGGUUUGUAUCCUGCUGCAUAUGCAUUCAACUUUCUGUCAGCUCCAUAUUUUAUUAUGGUGAUCUGCAAAUCUACCAUUUCACACUUUAGAACUAAAGUAUUUUAGCUUGUUGUGUCUCCUUUGUUAAAUGCCGCUUCUGGCAAAGGCAAACAUUAUGCAAAGAGUCAUUUAUUUUUCUGUGGGCGUGGGUGGAUGUAUUUGAAAGAGUGAGCUUGCGUAUGUAGAGAUUGUUGUAUAUAUGUUCAUACUUUUGUGAUUGUUAUCUUUUUAUCAUAACUUAUGCCUUCCAAGUAAAUUUGAUUGAAGAAGACCUGUUUUAACAGAAAAAGGAGGUUGCUCAGUGGCCUAUCCAUUUUAUAUACUGUUUGAUUUCAUUUUAUAGCUGUUGAGGUGGCGGAUUGACACUUUUUUUGUAAUUACUUUUAUCGCUUUCUGACAGCCUAAGUGAAGAUUAGAAGGGAUAAUAGUAAUCAUUGUCAUGAAGACGUUCCACUCUAGUGCUGCAUUUUUUCUGAUAUUUUAAGUUGGCAUGUACAUUUGAAAAUUAAUCUCUUCUGUGACUAUCAUAAGUCAUGGGAAAAGUCCCAGCUGAUUAUGGCAUUUUUAAAAUUUAGCAGUUACUUUAGAGUAAAAUUGCCUGUCUUUGUUGUUUCUGUAAAGGUUAGUGUUUUGUACACUUUACACUUUAAAUACAAGAUCACUUUCAUUGAGGUCAUUGAUUAAAAAUGUGUCCUUUGUUACUUUUUUGCCAAAGACCUUUCAGUUGAGUUUGUCUCCAUUUACAGUUUUAAACAAUACCACCACAGAAUUAUUCCAUUUGUCAAAUUGAAAUAAAUAGUGCAGCACUUAUUUCAUAGACCAACUAUACCAUCGAUAACCUUCCUGUUAACACUGCUUUCAUUAACCUGUUGGCAUCAUCUUUACUGACAAGGAUGCCUGUGUUUUGUUUUGUUAAUAAAUGUUGACAUAAAUUUUGCUUGCAAGUUGCUUUUUUUAAACUCUCUUUUAAUGGGCUACUCUUUAACUGAUUUUUUAACUUGUUGCAGUAAACACUAAACACAUCUUUGUUAACAGUUACAUUUUUUUAAUUUCUUCAAACAGGAGACUUCUUUAAUAAAGGUGGACAAAAGAUUUAGUUCACAGCUGGAAUUAGAAUGUACAAAUUAUACACUCCUAAGCAGUUUUCAGAUAUCAAAUGUCGAGGGUCAGACCGACCUGCUAUCAGCCUAUUCCCUCUAUAUAAGUAAGAUUCCUUUACUGCCACCAUGUAAAAAUGUGUGCUCUGUGGUUAAGAGUGCUUUAGUCAUACUAUAUAUACAAGGACCUGCAAUGUAGAAUAUUUUAUUCGGUUAUAAUUUAAGAAAAGAAUGCAUGAAGGAAUGAAUCCAAUAAAUUUGUAUUUAAAUAUUUUAUGCGUGUACUAAGACUAAUUUUGAACCAGAAUUAUUUCUAAUCAUUGAGGUAUUAGAUUUAUUUGGACAGAAAGUUUUCUUUUAUUCCUUUGUGUCGUAAAGCAGUUUGGUUUUAAAGAUUAUAUGAAAUGAAUAAAAGAACUUGAACAUGCAUUUGAAAGCUACAAUUAAAAAUCAUUAUAUUCAGAUAUGUUGAAUAACUUCUGCAUCUGCAUGAUUAGUGUUAAAAAAAAGUUAUCAGCAAAAAUGGCCUGAAUUUAUUGUACUAGAUUAAGUUUAAGAGAAGCAGCAGUUAUUUAUGAAUAAUAUUCUCUUGAACAUGUGUUGUAGUUAAGCUGCUCUUAUUCAGCUAAAGUUUGUCUCAUGGCUUAUGUAACAUGAUAUUGAUUUUGUUACAGUG